UUUUUCCAAGGAACCUAAUUCUCAUGGCGUAGGGCGGGAGAUAAAAUUAUUUUUUGCCUUUUCCAUUUCAAUACAGUGCUUACCAAGAGGCUCAUUCGUCUAGAAAUUCUCUCAAAUCUCUCUCUCGAUUUUAAUCCGUGAAGGUUUCUUUCUAAUCGCCAGUUUUGGUUUUCGUUUAGAAUUUCUCUUCUCUGCUCAUUAGAUCUGCGCUUGUUUCCAAUUUCAGAUCCACUUUUCAUACUAGGCAAUCCAGGAAUGGGGUAUAUAGGAUCACAUGGAGUAGCAGCACUACACAGAUAUAAGUACAGUGGAGUUGAUCACUCUUACGUUGCUAAAUAUGUGCUGCAACCCUUUUGGAGUCGAUUUGUUAACUUCUUCCCUCUUUGGAUGCCACCCAACAUGAUCACCCUUACAGGAUUCAUGUUUUUAGUUACUUCUGCAUUGCUCGGCUAUAUAUAUUCGCCUCGCUUGGAUACAGCUCCUCCAAGAUGGGUUCACUUUGCACAUGGAUUACUUCUAUUUUUAUAUCAGACUUUUGAUGCUGUUGAUGGGAAGCAAGCACGGCGGACAAGCUCCUCAAGUCCAUUGGGAGAACUUUUUGACCAUGGAUGUGAUGCGCUUGCAUGUGCAUUUGAAAGUAUGGCUUUUGGUAGCACUGCAAUGUGUGGAAGAGACACUUUUUGGUUUUGGGUUAUUUCAGCUGUUCCAUUUUACGGUGCAACAUGGGAACACUUUUUUACAAAUACUCUUAUUCUUCCUGCAAUUAACGGACCAACUGAGGGUUUGAUGCUAAUAUAUGUAGCUCAUUUUUUCACAGGAAUAGUCGGUGCUGAGUGGUGGGUUCAGCACUUCGGGAAGUCUUUUCCCUUUCUAAGUUGGGUGCCAAUUAUCAGUGAAAUCCCAACUUUCAGAGCUGUACUGUUUAUAAUGAUAGCUUUUGGUGUUAUUCCUACGAUUGCGUUCAAUGUGUCCAAUGUCUACAAGGUUGUUCAGGCAAGAAAAGGCAACAUGUUAUUGGCAUUAGCCAUGCUUUACCCUUUUAUUGUGCUUAUGGGAGGCGUCUUGGUGUGGGAUUAUCUGUCUCUAUCUGAUAUAAUGGGAAAUUAUCCUCAUUUAGUUAUACUGGGGACUGGACUUGCAUUUGGGUUUCUUGUGGGAAGGAUGAUUCUGGCCCACUUGUGUGAUGAACCAAAGGGAUUGAAAACUAACAUGUGCAUGUCUUUAUUAUAUCUACCAUUGGCCAUUGCAAAUGCACUCACUGCCAAACUGAAUGAUGGGGUUCCUUUGGUUGAUGAAUUCUGGGUUCUUCUUGGCUAUUGUGUAUUCACAGUGGGACUCUAUUUACACUUUGCCACGUCAGUCAUUCAUGAAAUCACAACAGCCUUGGGCAUUAAUUGCUUCAGGAUAACUAGGAAAGAGGCUUGAAAAAUGCAGGAUCUGAUCUCAGUGGUUUGGGGCUUUGGGCUACUUUUGAUUGAUGGGAUUUCUGUAUGCUCAAUUAUGAUUCAGCUGGCAAGUCCAGAGCUAUGCGGCAAAAUUGAUGAUUUGGCACAUCUAUCUUUUUUAGGUUUAAUAUUGAUGACAGGGUUGUAACUGGAUUCAGGGCACAACAUCUGGUUCAACCAUGUUGAUACAGAUUAUUUAAUAUCACAGUAGAGUAGGCAAUUUGAGGCA